AUGUCGAGCCAAAAUCAGAAGACUUCCGAUGGCCAGACGGUCGAAAAAGUCGUCUACCCAGAAACGAAACAGCCGAAUGGCAUGCCGGCAUAUACCCGCGCUUGGGUAGAGGGGUGGACGUGGAUGCCAGGCUCCAAUUGUGGGGUCUGGUCAGUAGGAAAGGAGAAGGUCGAGGUUUAUGAAAGUGUCCAAGAACACAAAAGCAACAAGAAUAAUCACCCGCCCAGCGCGGAGUGGCGGUUCAUAGGGUUAUCCUAA